UCACACGACCCGCACAACCACCUGGGAAGAUCCUAGAAAAUCGCUAGCCGCCCAAGCUGCUGCCCAACAACACCAAAGUGCCGAACAGUUAUUGUCUACACAUCAAAUAUCACAUCCCCAGUCACCCAAUCCAAACACUGCCAAAGUUAAUACAGAUGUAGACUUAGGGCCUUUACCUGAAGGAUGGGAGCAGGCACAAACUCCCGAGGGUGAAAUCUAUUUCAUUAACCACCAAACACGCACAACUUCGUGGUUCGAUCCUAGAAUUCCUACACACUUACAACAACGCACUUCCGGUGGUAACAUCAUGGGAUCAACGUGGCACUCGCCAACUCUGUCUUCCUCUCCGGCCAAAGCCCAACAAAUUAGGUUACAGCAGCUACAAAUGGAACGGGAAAGACUUAAACAGAGACAGCAAGAAAUUCGACGGCAACAAGAAAUUAUGAUGAGGAGUUCCAGUGAUUUGCCAGUCAUGGAUCCCUUUCUUUCCAGCUUGACUGAUCAUUCGAGGCAGGAAUCUGGAGAUAGUGGUUUGGGUAUGGGUACGACAUAUUCAGUGCCACACACUCCUGAAGACUUCUUAGCAAAUAUGGACGAUAAUAUGGAGGUCGGUAGCGAGAGUCACACGAUGGACACCCCUGACAUAUCAAAUUUAAGUGAUAACAUUGACUCGACGGACGACUUAGAACCUACACUGCAAUUGGGGGAAGAAGAAUUUCCCAUGUUAGACGAUGUGCAAUCAUUAAUAAACCCCACGACUACAAGACCUGAUAACGUACUCAUCUGGUUGUAACUUAAGUGCCUAAAACAAAUCUGCUCAUGUCUUUUUUUAGAAUUAUUGGUCGUAAGUCAAACUCAUUUACUCAUUUUUCGAUUAGGUAAAUUAUUUAUUAACUUUUUGUUUUGUUUUGAAAAAGCUGCUCUUCAAAACGUUUAGUCGCUAGUUUUACCCCGCCAAAAGUUAAGUUUGUUGAUAACUGAAAUUAUUUGAUUUGGUGAUAUUUGGGGUUAAAUUGGUGAUUUUUGCAAUAUAUAUAUCAUACCUAUUUGAUGGCAAUAAAGAUUUUUUGAUAUUUUAUUAAUUAUAAAUUUGUUAAUUAUGAAAUUUUAGCAUUUGUAAUGUAUUUUUGUCACAGUUUAUGGGAGCGUUAUUUUACUGUUGGGUAUGUUUUUCAUACAUAUAUAGUUUUUAAUUUAUCAAAUAAGGUAGUUGUUACUAUUAUUAUAUCAUAUUCGGUCUACUUACAAAGGAAAAUACGAUUUUUUAAACCACGUGCGGACUUUCGUAAAGUUGGGAGUCAAUUAUUGUUAAAUAUUAAUUUGCAUCAGAGCCACACAAAAAAUUAAAUACGAGAAGAAAUUUUUAUGUAUCUACACCGUGUGUACCUGUUUUUAUUUGGGUGAGGGAACAUUUCUUUUAAUAAUUGUGAGAUAAUAACAAAGAGUACAAAAUAUAACUAUAAAAGAGAAGUCACUCGCGGCAUUUACAAAGGAAAUCGCGCUUCAAAUGCGGGCCGACAAGUCGGCGUUUUUUCAAAGAGUACAGAGCUAAUUGGGCUAUACCGGGGUUAAGCGGUAAGACGCGGCGGCGAUGAUAGUGGAAUGUAACGGCCAAUACAUAGCGGAAUCUAACGUAGCGGAGCAAACGAGCCUUACGCGUUGAACUACACCGGUAUACUGCCGAUCGGGAAAGGACUGUGGAGGACUGGCGGCUGAUCGCGUUAGAAGGCGGUAAUUGGGCGAGUGACUCCUCUUUUAUAGUUAUAUUUUGUACUCUUUGGAUAAUAAUUCAAAAUAUUGCACGCCACCUGCUUUACUUGAUAACUUGAUAACCAGUUGAUAUGAUUCAUGAUUUGUGUUUUAUAUAAGUUUGUUUAAGCCAUUCACUCUGUGUGUGUUCCUUAAACAUUGACCACAUCUACAUUUUGCAAUCUAAUUUUGCUCUAACUAAUGCAAUUUUUUGACUUUAAGAUUGACCAAAUAAGAAUGAUACUACUCAGAACUUGUUUUAUAGAUAGAUCAAUCAUUGGUUUACUCUUUCUGGUGAAACUGAUCUGAUAUUCUUUAACAGUAAAUAUCUGACGCCAGUUCUUGGGUUCUUGAAGUAAACUCCUGCUGCUGUUCUGCAGAUAAAGUUGAAUUUCUGGGAUUUAUUUAGACACCGAUGUGCCAGAAAUCCUCGAAUCUCAAAUUAACAUAUUUUGUGUUUACUAUAUUCUCUAGUAGGAUUUAAUUCGGGUCCUUAUUCUGUUAUUAUCAGAGAUAAGAGAGAUAAAGAUAGGAAACGCUCAUAAGAAGCCAAUGCUUAACAACGACCAGCUUUAACGCAGUUAACAUCUGACCCACUAUGUGGCGCUUUCAUCGAUAUCAAACAAAUAACGCAGCGGGAAAUUUAAAAACCCGAUAAUAAAGGUUGUAUAAAUAUCGAAUGCACUAUCACGUUCUGGUAAAUAAAUUUAAAUUAUUUAUUAAAAAGUAUACUACACUUACAGUCUCCCAAGUAGCACCGAACGGUUUUAUUCAGUACUUAAGGAUGCUUUAAAACUGUAAAAUAAAACUGCAAUUAAAACCAAUUAGUUUUAAAAGGAGCCUUAAGGUUGUAAUAAAUACGCUUUCAGCAUAAAAGGGCCCACUCUGAAAGAGGUCAAUAAAACCGAAAAUAAAAACCACCAUAAAACUAUAUUACCUUGAAGCAGUUUUGAAGCGGACUUAAUAAUGUUAGUUACAUGUAUACUUUUAAAGAUAAUUUAUUUUAGUUAGUUAGUCUUUACGAUAACCAAAUUGAUUUAGUUAAGAGCGUUCCGUUUUAAUAUAGCUAUCUAACUGCAUUUAAGAAAGCCGUUUUUAGGAAAAGUACUGAAAUAGUUUUAAAACGCAAUAUUUACUGACCAAAUUGUCCUAAGAUCAAGCAGAUUUAAUAAUAGGUUUUAUUAGUUACAUUAAGAAUCUCUUUAAAACUACUUAAAAACUAAAACGUUGCAAACUAAAACAUAAUAAAACCAAACAACCUGCAAGUCCUUCAGAAAACUAAGUAGUUUUAAAGUUAAUUGAAACUAAACCAUUUUAAAACUACAACAAGACAUACAAACUUUUAAGAUUAAUUGCCCUUAUUAGCGAAUCUUAUUAGAUACUUUAAAACCAGUAUUAAAUGCUAAACGGCUUUUAAGUGCCCGCAAUAUAUCUAUAAGGUAACUGUAAAACCAGUAUCUUCUUUUUUACUACAUUAAAACCAUUUUAAAACUGAAAUAAAUCGAAAAUGUUUUCAUGGUGCUACUUGGGAUAGAUUAAUUAUUGUAAAUCUAGUCAUGACAAAUAUUUUUGAAUUUUUGAUCGUUAUUUGUAACAUUAACAUUUUUGUUCUUAUUUUCCAAACGAAUGGCCAAUGAUGUCUUAUUUAAAAAUGUUGAGUGCAAACUCAAUAAUGGGAAUUCAGAUAUUUUUCUUCUUAUAUCAAAUCUUCUUUCUAACGCUUUGAAGCCAUUUUCUUUUUCUAAAACAAUAAAUAGUAAAUAAAUAUCUACUUUGUGACAAAAGUUGGCUACUAUUUGUGUUACUUUCUUACAUGACUAGAUCUUAUUCAUGUAACAUGUGUUACUAAUGCAAUACUUUCUCCGACUUAUUGUAAUAUUACAAAAUAUUGUCCUCAAAUUACACCCAAAAAAGCCACAACCAUUUCGCUUAGUUCAUCUAGAGGAUAACACAAUCAUGAACUCAAAAUUUAAAAUUCAAAUUCAGGAUUCUACUUUAUACAUAACUAAUUGACAUUUAUAUUUACAAACUGUCCACGUCUACUGUCUGUCUACAAACAACGUGUACCUUUAGUUAACAUCUGAGAUGCAUAGAUGACGCCAUCGUUGCUGCGGUCGUUGCGUUUCCUAUCUUUAUGUCCCUAAUCUCUGGUUAUUAUUUUAUCAACAUGUUUGUUUCAUUCCUUUUUGAUUAAAGUUCACCAACUUCAAAAAGGUACAUAAUCCUAGAAUUUUUUUUUAUCCUGAAAUUAUUCACAUAGUGGGUUUAAAGUUAAUUUAAUCUCUGCUAAGCCCGAAGCUUUAACCACAAUGGAAGCCAUAACGAUGAUACUGAAAGUGACACAUUCAUGUUUUUGGCAUUUCUAGAAUGUCUUUAGCUGCAUAAUGGCGAUAAUCAAUAUUUUAUAUGCUCAUAUUGCUAUUUGCAAGAAAUUUUUUACAAAAAUAAUACUAAAUAAAACAAUGCUUUCGUGGUUUUGGAACUCGAGGAACGAUACAUUUUUACAAACUUGUAAUUCAUCUCUCCAUUUUUCCAUGAUUUGUUUCUCCCAAGUGGUCACAUUUUCUUGAUUGUUGAUGUAAUUCAAAAAUAGUUAUAAAAUCAUCCAAAAAAUGUUUAUUAAAGUUAUGUUUUUAAGUAGGUAUAUUUUACUAAUGUUUAAUUGUCUUGUAGUGGCUCUGUUGUAACUGUUGUGGGUGGACUUAAUUUUCGUGCAAAUUACUAAAUUUUAUAUUUAUUGUUGUGUACUAGCAUAUGAUUAGGUUGACACAAUUUUAUACAAGCUUAAUUUUAUAUCAAACAAAUUUUAUAACGAACCCACGUUGAGUUUUAGUUAUAACUGUUUAUCUCUUAUAUUAACAUUUACAAUUGCUAUUUAUUAAGUUUAACAUAUUAGUGAUGAAUUGCGCAAUCUAUAUAGAGUGUACCUUAUCGAAAUUAGAAUCCAAAAAUCGUUAAUUAGUAUUUUUAGGUACAUUUGAACAUUGUAUCUUUACGUUUUUUCUUUCUUGGAUCUAAGAUGAAGUUUGAUGCGAGACAUUCUAUAUAAAACAUUGUAUGUUUAAAUGUUAUUAAUUAGUGAAUUGCACUGACCGUUCAUAAUGUGAACGGUGUUUCGUGCAAAAACUUUAAUUACUGUUUCUGAUAAUCGAACGUUAUUAUCACGAAAUAUGAUGCUCAUAUAUAUUUAUAUUAAUAUACAAAUCCAUCCAUUUUGGUGCCUUUAAUAUUUGUACAUAUAUCGACAAUUGUUUCUCUUAAUUGUAAGUUAUUAUGUAAUCUAUAUUAAUUAUACACACAGUUCAAACUUAAGAAUGACAUUUUAUGAAAAAUCUAUUUUUUGCCGGACCAAUGAAAUUUCUAAUUCAAAACGGCCAAAGAUUUUUAGGUGGCUUUAAAUGAAUAUUCAUUAAAUUUUUGAGGUAGCAUUGAAAUUGAGAAUGUUGUUUGUAUCGUCUUUUUUUUGUUUAAAACUGAUAUGAUUCUUUUGAUACAAUUGCACUGACAAAACAUAUUACUCCGUUUAUACAGUCUUGUUGAGUCAAUUUUACUCAUUUUAAAUUAUUUUUUUAUAAACGAAAAUCGUUCUCUUAUUAAAAAAAAAUUUCAUUAUUUUGAAAAGUACAUUUUUCAUCGAUGUCAUUAUAUAUAGUGCCUUUUAAAACAUACAUAACUGUGUUAUGAAGUUUAGCCUUCAAUUUAUACCUUUAUAGAAGCUUACUGUGGUUUAAAUAUCCCAAUAUCUGACAAAAUGUACCAUAAACUAUCAAUCUUCUAUUUGUCUCUUGAAAUGAAAACGUACAAACUGAAUUAAUAUUUGUAUUUUAAUUAUUUCCAAUAAUAAAUUAUUACAGGGUGUUUGUAAAAAUACUGAAAUUGAAAAUUUUGAGGUGAAAUUGUAGUGUCUUAUCUUUCAUCAGCUAUGAUUGUUCGAUAACAACGUGACCUAACGACGGAAACACAUUUGUUUUUCGAUAAAAAUCACUAUUAUUCCAAAUCAGCAGUGCCUUCAUUGUAGAUCAAUGAAUCCAAGUCCUUAAAAUAACUAUUGACACCAUCAAUCACCAUUUUUCAGAUUUGGAAGCAAUUGCUGAAAGAAAAAUCUGGAGAAUAUGUCAAAAUAGGCACUUUCAAAUCCCAAUUCAUGAAUUUCGGCUGUUACAAUCGCAGACUUGGGGACAUAUGUGUUUUACUGAUGAAAAAGCACUUUCUUUACCAAAUAAGGUCGUUUCUCUUUAAUUUUGUUGCUAAGUUGUUGAAAUAAAUUGGCAUAAUACUCGCCAUUUACUGUUUUCCCCUUUUCUAAGUAAUUCCAUGAGAAUCCUGAAACACAGUUGUCAUAACCGUUUUUGCAUUCUUUGGUGGCGAACUUUUGUGCGUCCAUUGUUUGGAGUGUAAUGUUGAACCCAGGUUUCAUUGGUGAUUAUUAAACGGCCUAAAAAGUCCUUCGGAUUGUUGCUAAAAUGUGUCCAAAGGUCGCAGAAAGACUCAAACGAUUCAGUUUUUGCUUUGGUGUGAGCAAUCGUGGCACCCAACGCGGUUAAUAUUUUUUCAUUUUCAUUUCUUCAGAUAAAAUUCUCUGCACACUGUCAUUAUUUCCUUGAUGAUCAUCCAAUACGACACAGUGGACUUUUUCAAUCAUAUCUGGGACAGUAGCACUUAUUGGACGUCCACUACAGGGUUAAUCAUUUAUGCUCAUAUGACCACACUUAAAUUCAGAAUCGAAUAGUGUUAAAUCCAGCUCAGCUUUGAUUUUGGUUGGUGUUAAGUAAGCUCUUUAAAAUGAACGUACUUUAUCACUGCACUCAACUCAGUUUUUUUCCAUUUUUUACACUUUGGUGUACUGUCAAAAACAUACUAAUUGAUCGCUUUCUACUGUCAUAUUUAACCUAUUAAAAGAUGAUUCUACAGAAUGGUAAAUCGCGUCAUCUCUGUGGAAGGCCAUGUAGUUACCAAACAAUCCUCGAAUGCAACUCAUUCAGAUACGACUUUUUUAUUCUUUUAAACAUUUCUACAUCAUAUGUCUAUCUGAAAUGUAUUAAGUAUGAGCUUAUGCCUACACUACAACUUUCGACAUUUCAGAAACCUUUAAUACUUCUUUAUGGGUCAUUCAUUUUUCAUUUAUAUGCAAAAGAAUCAUUGGCAUCAAGAUGCUGCUUUGCAAUAUGUUUUAAUAUCUUGCAGAUGACAUAGAGAGCAACAUGUCAAAUUUAAACACCAACCAACAUCUUUAAUAGAUAAUCUUUCCUUGGAACACUCUUUUGAAUUUAUUUAAGAUAUUUGUCCUAAUAAGUUUUACACAUGACAAACAAAAAAAAUAUCAUUAUUAUGUUCCAUUUUCCGAAGAUUCUAAAAAGAUAUUUAUACCGGGUGUUCAAAUUAAAGUGUUAAAUUCCGCCGAAAAUAUGCAUUUUAUAAAAACAAGUUGUAUAGUUUUUUCGGGGAAACAUUUUGGCGAAAUUCAUUUUUUUAUAGCUGACCACAAUAUAUCAAGGUGGACUUUUUUGUUUCAAAUUGGAACCGUUAUAUAUUCUUAUAAUAAAAAAAUAAGAAACUUUUUAAGGAAAAAUUUUUUUUAUUGGACUUAUUUAUUGACUAACACCUACUUGAAAAUGUUUCUGCGCGAAAAAAAGUUGGCCAUACUAUGGUUAGCUAUAAAAAAGAUUUUAGCCAAAAUCUUUACCCCAAAAAAAUAUAAAACUUUCGUCUGAAUCGUUUUUUUUUAUAAAAGGCGGUAUUUACCUGUAACACUUUAAUUUGAACACCCGAUAUAUUUGAAACACUGUUGAACACACCCUGUAAUAAUGCAUACAGUUUUACAUUUUCUAUACAGAAUGCUUGAAAAUUAACGUUUACGUAAAAAUCAAAAUUUGCCAAAGCUUAUAUGAAUACUUAAAACAAUUUUUAUUCCUUAAAGACAAAAUUGCUUAAUUUUCAAGCUACUUGUAUAUGACUCUAUAGGUAGUUAACUACCAGUUUGACGACAUUCUGGCUUUUCAUUUUUUUGCAUUUCUAAGUAUACUGCAUAUCACUGUAAGAAUCUUCAACAUUGAUUGAACACAAAUACCACUGGUGCCAAUAUUUAGAGUCCUUGUUUACAUAAACUAACCUUGAAGUUAAAGCAUUGCCUUGAAGGAGUGGGUGUUUCAGUUUAUCUGGUCUGUAAUCCCUUUUUUUUGUUAUGGAUAAAAUAUGACCUUGUAUUAUUUCUAGAUCUAGAUUUUUGCUGAAAAAGUGAAAUUGAUAUUAGAGUGUGGCACAUACUUUCAAAAUUAGCAAUAAAAAACAAGAAGUUUACAUCAUUAGUGAAAUGAAAACAGAAGUAAAAUGAGAUUGUGAUUUGAAAUUGGAAAUUUUACACUUACAAAUAUAUAUAUUAGGUUUUGGUUAUUUUAAUUUAAACAUUACUGAAGCAAUAUUUUCACUUAUUAUUUUGAAAGUAUGAAUGUAGGCAACUAGGUAAACAGUUAACUUGUAAAGCUAUUUGUAAAAAUAUCUAUAACUUUAAUCAUCGUUGGCAUCUACUGUAUUUAACUGUAAGGUAAAAUUAUUUUCUUUUAUACAGGGUGUUUGAUAGUUAAAGGGAAAUAUUUCAGUGGUAGAGAGUCCAACGAGGUAGUUAUAAAUAUAUUUAAUAGGACUUCAUACGGUCUUUAUAACUGAGAUACAGAUUGUUACUUAUUUUGUUCAAAAAUUUAACAUUAAUUUUACCAUUUUUUAAACUUUGUGGCAAAGUACCGAAUGAAUCAAAGCUUGGCAAUUUUGCAACUCGAUAUAGGGUCGGUACUUUAUUAAAAACUGUUCCAUUUUUAACCCAUUAAAUGUGUAAAAACUUCAAUUUAAGUUUAAAAUUUGAGUAGUAAAGAUGUAAGCAAAAUACUAUAAAGUAUUAAAUCAGUUUUUAUGCUCUUUUAAACUAAUUGAUUUUAAUAAUUUUGAUGUUAUGAGGAUACAACAAUUUAUUUUUGUUAGUCUGGAUCUGGAUAUUUUUUCUGACUAGUAUGUUAGUCGUUUAGUCACUAUAUAUAUGUGCCAAAUAUCAAAAAACUAUUCUAGAUGAUUCGUUAGUUAUGAUGUUUGAAAGAAAUGAACUCCCUGUAUCUCAGUAAUAAAUAUAUUAUUAAAACAUUUCCCUUUAACUAUGAUUACGUUUCUAUUUUUAAUUGUUAAAUGUUCAAAAAGUCUGCAGGACUAUCUUACAAUGACAUUUUUAAUAAAUUACGAGUAUGACAAACUGGACAUAAUAUAAAUCCGAGAUUGUGAUCAGAAAGACCGUCCAAAUGUUCAAAAAUACUAUUUUAUUAGGUUUAUUUGACCCUGUUACCUAAAUUUUUAUAAAGUGUAUGUAAUCAUAAACGCUCUGUAGUUUGGUUAAACAAUAUGUGUGAGAGUGUUGGAGUUUAUUACAGACUGACAUUAUCAGAUACUUUAUAUAUAUUUUAUGUAUUGUAUUUGAUUUAUAAAAAAACACUGUAUAUUUAAUAUGUAAUAAUUUUUGUAAUCGUAACAAUUUUGUAUGUUUUUCCAAUAAACGCAGUAAGAUUGGUAUUGUAAUUUGUUUUUUUGUGAAUUGUAUCAGACUUAUCAAUUGUAAAUAUAGAAUUAAAAAA